GCCGGGAGUUGCAUAAUUUUGUAGAGUAACGUCCGGACUAUCUACGCAUGCAAAAAAGUUACUAACAUUGUAUUUUAGUUUUCUGAGAACGAAGUCGAUUUUUCAAAGGUCCUCUGGAAACCCGGUCUCUGGAAUUUUUUCAAAAGUUGCUUCCGCUUGUGAAAAUUUCUGCUCAAGUCUUGGCUAUUGAACAGCGAAAAUCGCAGGUCUCUAUCUCACUCCUAUCAAAAGUUAUUUAAAAAGUGGCACCCUGCACUGUAUUUUGGUAUGGAUACUAGGAAUACACCUUUCUUUAUAUCUCACUUGGAAACAUCAGUUAGAAGAAACUAGUAAAAGGUGUAGGCAAAUGUUAGGUGCGCUAAAUCGAACUUUUAAACAUGCACCAGAACUUAUAAGACUUCAUAUAUACAAAGCAUGUAUUCUUUCUGUGAUGGGACUAUUGCUCGAUUGUUUUUGAUAACGAUUAUAAGACACAUCUUCACUUAUUAACAUCUAUUCAAAAGUUAGCUGCACGUAUAAUCACUAACAACUAUCACACUAAUAGUUCUUUUCUUAUUCAACAACUGAAGCUACCAUAUUUAGAAACUAGACGAAAAUAUUUCAGAUCAGUCUUUUUCCACAAAAGGAUUAUAGGACGUACUGCACUAUCUGCUUUCUCCCUUGUAAAACCUCUAACUACUCGUACAUCUGAACCAUUUUCAAAUCGUUAUGCUUGGGAGAUACCAAAAUUCAAACAAAAGAACACAAAUUUCUCUUUUCUACCUAAAACAAUUUUCCACUGGAAUGUAUUGCCUAGAGAGGUAAUCUCGGAAUUCUCAAUUCAAGCUUUCAAACGUGCCUUGCGUAAACAUCUACAGUUGUAAUAUCAGUAAUCAUAAGCCAUUUUCUUUUCUUUUUUCCUUUUGUUUUAUUGUUUACUUUUUUCGUCAAACUUAAUUCCAUGGUGUGACGCAGCCAAAGUUAUUAGGCAGCUUUUAGUCAUUACCACUGUCAUUUAACAUCACUGACUUAAAAUAAAAUUGAAUUGAAUUGAAUUGAUUUUGGAAGUCGCAGGUAUCCUUCCACGCCACCAAGCUGACCUUGGAUCACGAAAAAACGCUAUGUACAAUAUACUACGGCUGCAAAAUUCCGCAGGCAGUAACUUAAAAAAAGCUAAUCAUUCGGCUGUCAACUUUUUCGAUAUAAAACAAGCGUUCGAUUCUGUGUGGCAUGAUGGCCUAAUAUACAAACUCUUCGAUUUGAACAUACCACUCUAUAUCACGAGAUGGAUCAUAUCCUUCCUAGAUGAACGGACAGCAGCAAUCGAAUUCGAGAGUUUACCUUCGAAAAAGUUCAACCUGAAAAGUAGAACACUGCAAGGUUCACCUUUAUCUCCACUUUUGUACAUUUUGUUUACCGCUAACACAAUGAAUGGAAUGCCAGAUCACACGCAACAUGGCUUAUUUACCGACGCCCUGGUCGACCGAUCUUACGGAAAUUCUAUAGGAAUCUUAUAAGAAUCUAUAAGGCAGUCGAUGGAAAUGCGUAAGAUAUUGAUGAGAUUCUUAUAAGAAGGAAUAUAAGAAUCUUGUAAGCUCCUGAUAAGAAUUCGGUAAGAUAGAUUAUAUAAUUAUUUUAUAAGAAUUCAUAAGAUUCUCAUAAGAAUGGUAUAGGAAGGAUAUAGUACAAUUUCAUCACCUUCUUUAGUGAUCAGUACUCUAUAUUCUACUGUUUCAUACGUGAAUAAAAUAAUUUUCUUUCCACUUAUUUAAUUUUUCUAUAAUAAGACCUUAGUCUCACGCGGACAGUCUCAUGACUUGUCCUCACUGUCUACUGCUUGUAGGCCAAAAGUAUGUGAGAUGAGAAUGCAGGGCACGACAUGUUGCUUGUUAGUAUAAAUCACGUUUUUCCGAACUGAUCCCUAGAAAAAUGUGCGACUUGAGAUCCUUUUUUUCUAUAAAGAUCAGAUUCAAUUCGGACUCUUUAAGUCACAGAAAAUGGAGCAGGUCGAAUACUACUUAGAUGCAUCAAAAUUCUUUUCAUAUCUGUCUUAAUAAAGCACUAGAAGCAAUCAUAAAAGAACUUCAUCUACUAACGUAGAUUCUGAUAAAAAGCGGGAUCUAUACAAACGAGCAACAUGUCGUGUCCUGCAUUCUCAUCUCGCAUACUUUUGUUUUUCGAACUUCACUUUCUUUCUAUAGUCAUACUAGAUUUGUUGUACUUUUCUUUGAUUGCACCCUCAUUGAGUGUAGUAUAAGACUCCCACAUUUUCCCUUGAUAUUUAGCUGCGUUACUUUAUCUAUUCCUGACUAGUAGUACUAACAUCAUAUAAGUUAACCUUUGCAUCACACUUUGCCGUAUCAGUUAUUUUUAUUUUCGCUUUCAACUCAAUCUUUCAAUUCAUAUGUCACGUAACCGGCUUUUAAAAGGGUCAAUUCUGCUGACUCUUACCGACGGUGACUCCGAAAUUGACCAAUGUGCAGUAAUCAAAGCUGUUGGUGAGAUUUUGGGGUCAACCGAUGAUAUUGAGUCAAUAGGUAAUUUAGGUUCAUUCAGGGAAUGGUUCACUAUGUUUAGUUCGCAAACUGCAUAGCAAGCAUCAUUAAAAGAAAGUGAAUUAAAAACACCAAAACAAACAUUUCCUAUACAAUCGCCAUACGAAGAUAUCAAAACCAUCCGUUUACUUGGGGUUCCAAUCGAUAGUAAAGGACAACUACCGCCAGAAGAAUUAGUACCUAUUGUCUCCAAAAUAAGACAACAGAUUAUAUCCUGGGCUUAA